GUUUCAAGCACAACAAGGGAUUUACUCACUCAGCUGACGCACAGACCCAGCAGUGAGUUCACCGUGGGGAGAGAGGCCGCUUACCUGUUGUGUGUCUGGGAGGAGAUUCACUCAGUCAUCCUACGCGCAGACACACCAGUGAGUUGACAAGGGAGAGAGACCGUGCAUGUGUUGUGUGUGUGGGAAAAAAUUCACUGGUCAUCUCACCUACAGACACACUUGUGAGUUCCACAAGGGAGAGAACAUUCAUCUGUUGCCUGUGUGGGAAGAGAUUAAUUUGGUCAUCUGAUCUGUUGACACACAGGAAGUUCACACUAGGGAGAGGCUGUACAUCUCAGACUGUGGGAAGAGAUUCACUCAGUCAGCCCGCCUGCAGACUCACCAGUGAGUUCACAUGGGAGAGAGACACUUCGACUGUUCCACAUGUGGGAAGAGGUUCACUCGGUCAUCUGAUUUGCUGAAACACCAGCGAGUUCACACAGGGGAGAGGCCGUACACCUGUUCCGAAUGUGGGAAGGGAUUUACUCAGUCGACCCACCUACUGACACAUCAGCGAGUUCACACUGGGGAGAAGGCAUUCACCUGCUCAGACUGUGGGAAGGGAUUCACUUGGUCAUCUCAAUUAAAGGUACAUCAACGACUUCACACUGGGGAUAGGCCAUUCAUCUGCUCAGACUGUGGGAAGGGAUUUACUCUGUCAUCCCACCUACUGGCACACCAGCGAGUUCACACUGGGGAGAGGCCGUUCACCUGCUCAGACUGCGGGAAGGGAUUCACUCGGUCAUCUAAUCUGAAAGUACAUCAACGAGUUCACACUGGGGACAUGCCGUUCACCUGCUCAGACUGUGGGAAGGGAUUCACUCAGUCCUCACACCUGAAGGUACAUCAGCGAGUUCACACUGGGGAGAGGCCGUAUAUCUGCUCAGACUGUGGGAAGGGAUUCACUCUGUCAUCCCAUCUACAGACACAUCAGCGAUUUCACACAGGAGAAAGGCCGUACGUCUGCUCAGAUUGUGGGAAGCGAUUCACUCAGUCAUCCCAACUGAAGGUACACCAGCGAGUUCACUCUGGGGAGAAGCCUUUCACCUGCUCAGACUGUGGGAAGAGAUUCACUUGGUCAUCUCACCUACGGACACACCAGUCAGUUCACACAGGGGAGAAGCCGUUCACCUGCUCAGAAUGUGGGAAGGGAUUCACACAGUCAUCUCAACUGAAGGAUCAUCAGCGUGUUCACACUGGGGAGAGGCCGUUCACCUGCUCGGAAUGUGGGAAAGGAUUUACUGUGUUGUCCAACCUACAGACACACCAGCGAGUUCACACUGGGGAGAGGCCAUUCACUUGUUCUGUGUGUAGGAAGGGAUUCUCUCAGUUAUGCACCCUACAUGCACACCAGUCAAUUCACAGUGGGGAGAGGCCAUUCACCUGCUCAGACUGUGGGAAGGGAUUCAGUCGGUCAUCUCAACUGAAGCUACAUCAGAGAAUUCACACUGGGGAGAGGCCGUUUACCUGCUCUGAAUGUGGGAAGGGAUUCACUCGGUCAUCCACCCUUGUGGCUCACUACCGAGUUCACACUGGGGAAAAUGUUUAAACAAGCAGCUGGAUAUUUAAACAUCACAGUUGCUGAAUCCAGAGGAAAGUUCAAAAGUGACUAUUGGUUGGAUUUCCUGCUGACUGAAGAAGCCAAACUGACUGCAGGUAUGUCUGACAUGUUCUUCAUCCCUCGUGUGUCUGUGCUGAGAAAGAAUGACAUUGGUAGUUCAUCUCCUAUUCCCUGCAAAUAUCAAUGUUAUAGGUCGUUGUCACUGCUUCCAAUGAGCUGGGUUGUUAGAACACACCACUGCCCUCUAAAGUCUGAAAGGAGAACCACUAGUUGGAUGUUGUGUGGAGCAGGGUCAGAAACCAGUGAUGAGUGGCAGAGAGCAGAGUUCGGGGCUCUGGACAGGAGCAUGUGAUCAGGAACAGCCAAUCAGAGCAAGGGGUGGGGUGGAUGGCGAUGAAUGACAGAGUAGCAGUAUUUGGAAGCUGAAUGACAGAAAAAACAAUUGGGUUGACUUUGACUGUUGACACACAAACACAACGCCUGUUUACAUUGAGGAUACUCCUUUUGGGAGCUUGCUGUGUUAAACUGGCUACUCAAUUCUCAUAAAAUAUGUUGACUGGGGAGGCAAUGCUUGUAAACACUUUCAGUGGCACUGUUCUUACCCAGAAAUCUGAGCUUCAGAAUGCAUUAUCUCUGUGGAUCGAGUGCACAGGGCCUGAGAGUCUGUUGGAUCCAACUGUUAAAUUUUAAUGGUCAUUUUCUUUGCAGUUUAACAAUUCAUUAUCUGCUUGUAUUUUAAGUAGUCUUUAUGUGCAUAGGAGUUUAAUAUUCCUCUUGUGGCUGUACAAACUAUAACUCUGAAGCUUGUACUUUAUUAAAUGAGUGUUUUCUUAUUGGUUAAUUUUAACUGCAGUUUUGAUCAAGUGAUUUCUAACAGGUUUAUUAUUAUCUAUAGAUUUGAAUGGAAUUUUUCUUAUCUCUGGAUAUAAAAAGUAGCUGUUUUAUGCUAGGUGCCAUAUUUAGUUUCUCUCUCUUCUUCAAGUAACAGACCCCUGUCUUUGUUCUAUCAACUUUGAAUAAAACCAUCGU